AUGGGUGACCGGCGCGGGAAGCUGGCGCUCCGUUCUCCCCGCAAGCCGAAGCCCGGAGUCUCCAAGGAAGGAAAACUCCAGCUGCGCGUAAUAUUUCUGGACGACAGCGAGCGCGCGUUUGAGGUCGAGCAAAGGAUCAUUGGAUGUGACUUCUUCAACAAGGUGUGUGGUCACCUCAAGCUGCUGGAGAAAGAAUACUUUGGAUUGGAGUUCAGACAUCACACUGGCAGCUAUGUGUGGCUGGAACUGCUGAAGCCUCUAGCCAAACAGAUCAAGAACACCAGUGAUCUGUUCUUCAGAUUCAUCGUCAAGUUCUUCCCUCCAGACCCCGGCCAGCUGCAGAGAGGACUCACCAGGUAUCUGUUUGCUCUCCAGAUAAAGCAGGACCUCUCUACAGGCAGUCUGACCUGUAAUGACAACAGCGCCGCCCUGCUGGUGUCCCAUAUACUGCAGUCAGAGCUGGGGGACUACGAGGAAGAGUUGGACUGUCACCAUCUAGAGGUGAAACAGUACGUUCCUAAUCAGGAAUAUCUGGACCACAAGAUUAUGAAGUUCCACAGAAAACACAGGGGUCAUUCUCCUGCGGACUCAGACGUCCAUCUAUUGGAGGUUGCUAGGAAACUGGACAUGUACGGGAUCCGCCCCCACCCUGCUCACGACGGAGAGGGCAUGAGACUCAACCUGGCCGUCACACACUCUGGAGUACUGGUGUUCCAGGGUAACACUAAGAUUAACACCUUCAGCUGGGGCAAGGUCCGUAAACUGAGCUUCAAGAGGAAACACUUCCUCAUCAAACUACACGACCAAAUAGGGCCCUCCCGUAAGGACACGGUACAGUUUGCGAUGGCGAGUCGAGACGUCUCUAAGUCCUUCUGGAAGACCUGUGUUGAAUACCAUGCCUUCUUCAGACUGGCCAAAGAGCCCCAGUCACGCCGCAAGACUCUGCUGUCCAGCAAGGGGUCCAGCUUCAGAUACAGUGGUAGGACCCAUAAACAGCUGAUGGAGUGUAUGGGGACAGGAGAGAGGAAACACAAGACCUUUGAGAGGUCCUACUCCAGACAGUGUAGAUCAUCUCCUGACCUCCUCACAGACGUCUCCAAACAGCUGUACGAGCAAUCCCACCCAUUCCCUCGCCCCGGAGGCCCCGCCCUCGCUCACAGCGAAGAAGAAGUGGAGCGACGACAACAGGAAGUGGGAGGGGCUAACCCCAAGCACAGCCAGUCAGCCGUCGAGGUGGUCUUCUCUGCAGAAUUCCAGCGGUCCCACCUCCCACAAGCUUUCCACCUAUCAGCUGCCUACCCUAAGCAAAGGUCCGCAUCUACUUCCGGGGUGGUCGGGGAGAGGAGGGGGAGGGUGGGGUGGCAACGGCAGGGAGGGCAUAGUUUCGUCGGAGGGGCUUACCAUGGAAACAGCAGGAGGAGACGCCGGCCCAACCCCCAGCCCUCCUCCGACGCGCAGCAAUUGGUCCUCCUGUACCCCAGUAACCCCGCCUACCAGUUCAAGCCGGUCCUUCCAACAUUUCCAUUGGCAAGCUACCCCCACGGACACGCCUACUUGUCGGACAUCGCCGUUGCCUCAUUGGAGCGUCUCCCGCAGAUGCGUCGGAUAGAACACGCCCCUUUGACGGGGCUGACACACCCUUCUCUCUACUCACGCUCUGAUUCGUCCUCACCCAGGUUGGGAUUGGCUAGGGUGUACCAGGGCGGGCUUUCAACCAGAAAUGCAGCCAGGCGAUUGGAUGUCGGGAGAAUAGAGGCGGGACAUUACAGCGACGACUCCAACUUCCUGCCGGGCCUUCCUCGUCGCGCCACCAGCCAACCGGACGUCAAGUUGCCCCAAGUAGUCCCCGCCUCCAACCCUGCCUCCGAGUUCCGUCCCCUUGGUUACUAUCCUCACUUAUCACGUCACCAGACUCCACAAAGACCCUCCUACCUGCCUCUAAACUCCUCCCCCUUACCAGACCGGCCCACCUCGGUGUGUGUUCUAGGGGGGGCCGGUGGAAGCUACAGCGAUUCAGACCCAGAGGUCUUCUAUCCCUACUACAGCCCAGCACCCCCGUUGGGUAAAGUGGUACGGUCCAAUGCUCUGGCUAGGAUGAGGUUCUCCUCUGGGAGUUUACAACUGGAGGAGGAGGAGGAGGGGGAAGAGGAAGAGGAGAGGUAUAGCAGUGGGGGGGAGGGGAAGCCUCGGAUUACUGAACUGAGACUGUAG